UCCUACAUAUUUGUGUAUACAUAUAUACUUCGGGAAAACCCGGAAAAUUGACAAUUGCGUCGAAAACAAUUUCAUCUUAUGACAAUGAUAACAUCAUUUUGAAGGGAUUAAUGAUACUUAUAUUAAUAGUUGACUAAAGGACAAUGGAUUCGUCAAAACUUUUAUUGAAGGUAACAGUGAUUGUACACUUUAUUUUAACCGUGUGGGCCACAACACACAGCUUCUUACCUGAUUCCUACAUUUACAUGAAUUUGUUUGUUUUGCUGAUUGGUAUAUUUUCCAUUGUACAUAAUGAAUCUUCAGAAGCAGUUUUUAUGUUUUUAGUUCUCCACUGCUUUACCAUUGUACAGGACAUGAUAUUUCUAGGUAUAUAUCAACCUAUAGAAGACGAUACUGUCGAGGUACCUACCCAACGUGAUAGUGUGAAGAACAGGUACAGAUUCAGUCUUGGUAUGUGCAUCACAAACUUGAUAAUAAAACCAGUGACAGCUUUCUUUUUGUAUAAAGUGUGGCAAGAAAGACAGGGAAAUACAGUUAAACUUCCAUUCAACAUUCCAGGAUUUGGAGGAGACGGAAACCCUUACAGACCUUAUCACGAUAUUGACAGGUCGUCUGAAGGUCAUGUUGAAACAGCGUCAACUCCAAGAGUAAUGGAAGACAGUCGCUUGACGUCAUAAAAUCAGAAUUGAUAAUUAUAUCACAGCGCAUACCAAUUUUUCAUCUGACAAUAAACAGCAUUUAAUGUGCGAAUUUGUGUCGUUGCAGCAAUAUAAUUU